AUGAUAAAAUAAUAUAAUGAUGAAAAUUAAACUUAAUAAACUAAGAAGUCGAACAAGUAUGAAUUGAUAUAUGGAUGUACGAUAAAAUAGUAUUAAUGGUGUGGAGCAAUUAGCUUUAGCUCUGAUAAUGAAAGAGUAGUUAUUGGUUGUAAAAACAAAUUAAAGAUUUACUAAUUUUCAUCAUAAAUGCUGAAAUUACUUUAAACUUAUAAUUGUCACACAUUAGAUGUUAAUACAAUAAACAUUUUCAAAAAACCAAACAAUAUGAUAUCUGGAAGUGAAGAUAAAUAGAUGAUUCUUUGGUCCUUGAUUAAUGGAAAUUCUAAAAAAUAUAUAAAUAAAUAAAAAGGGAAAGAUAGUUAAAUAUUAAGUGUUAUCUUGAAUGAAAGAGAAGACUAAAUUAUCUCUGGAAGCAGUAAUAUUAAAAUUUGGAAACUUUAGAAUGGUUGGUCAUGUUUAUAGACUAUAUCUGACCAUAAAGAUUUUGUUUGGGCAUUGUGUAUUAAUUAAAAUGGAAAUUAACUUCUUUCAACUGGAUAUGAUAAAUUAUUAAUCAUAUUUCAAUUGAUAAAAGACAUUAAUUAGAAUAAGAAAUGGAUUUAAAUAUAAAAAAUUGAGGGAGAUGGUUUUAGGUUAUGCUGGAUAAAUGAUUAACUCUUUACUUUUUAAAAGUAUUGCAAAGAAUAAUUAAGUUUAUAUUAGAAAUAUAAUAGUUCUUAAAAUUUUAGAAAGAUAAAGAAUAUUUAUAUAAAUAAUAAUUCAACAUAAUGUUAUGGAUUUUUUCCUUAAAAAUAUAUAAAAGAAAAAAAUAUACUAGUGAAUAAAAAUGGAAGAACAGUUAAUAUUUUAUCAAAAUAAGAAAAUGAAGAUUUCAUUUUAGAUUAGGCAAUUUAGUUUAAUGAUUAUUAUAUAUAGGGAAAUUUAAGUGAUGACGGAGAGUAUUUAAUUACUUGGGAAGGAGGGAAAAAAGGAUCGUUUGAAAUUUAGAUUAGAAAGUAUUAAGUAAUAUGA